UCGGGGCCGAACCCUCCCUCUUCAGCCAUGAUCUGGAGGAAACUGGGUGCCAGCAACUUCUCCAGCUGCCCCAAUGGCUCCAUCCCGUGGAUAUGGGACAUGUUUCACGAGUGUGCCCAGGACGGCUGGGACAAGGCCAGCGUGAGCCUGGGCCUGAUCUCCAUUCUCUGCUUCGCUGCAUCCACCUUCCCCCAGUACAUCAAGGCCUGCAAGACUGGGAACAUGGACCAGGCCCUGUCAGUAUGGUUCCUCCUGGGCUGGAUCGGUGGAGACUCCUGCAACCUCGUCGGUUCCUUCCUUGCUGACCAGCUGCCCCUGCAGACCUACACAGCUGUGUACUACGUCCUGGCUGACCUGGUAAUGCUCACGCUCUACUUCUACUACAAGUUCAAGAAACGCCGCUCUCUGUUAUCUGCCCCCAUCAAUUCUGUGCUUUUGUUCAUCUUGGGGACCGUGUGUAUCAUGCCACUGCUGAGCAGUACUGGCUCCGUGGCUGCCCCAAGGAAAGUCUUCCAGGGACGGAUGCUCCUGUCUGUGGAGCCAGGCGAUAAGGUGAGGUGUGGCCCUUUACGAAGAAGGAGAUCAUCGGCUUUGUCAUCGGCUCCGUGUCCAGUGUGCUGUACCUGCUCUCACGGCUGCCGCAGAUCCACACCAAUGUGA